AUGGAGGCGGUAACGGAGGGGGCGGCCACGGUGGUCACAGCUGGCUCAAAGCCCGUCGACACCACGGGGCCCUCCCGCGGAAUCGGGAAACAACUAGCAGUUCCGUUGAACGUCAGGAGCUUUGUUCUGUGGGAAGACUGGCAGAGGGCUUACAAUGGUGCGGCUUUGUUCGAGACCAACAGCCCACCCCAGAGUACACUCGCGGCUCCCACCUCCAGCAAAACGCCUCCUCAUCUACGCACCACCAUCAUCGUGCGCACCCACACGGGCGUAAAGGCCCGCGUCGCAGUCCGACUAGCCACCGCCACUUCCACGUCCAGCACAGCGCUGCGACUCCCCGUCCUGAUAGAAGGGAUCCUACCGAUACUCGAGCCCGGCCGAGCGACGGCUGCGCGGCAGCCCCUCGGUGCUCUACAUCGCCGGCGGCGGGGGUCGACGUGGGCGCCGUGCUGGAGCAGGAGGUGCUUGCCGAUGAAGGGCUGCUGGGGGUGA